AUGACUGACGCUGAUAAAGCACAGGCUGAUAGUUUGCACUUUUAUGGUGUUAGAACUUGUCAUAUAAUGGGGUUCAUGGUGGCACAAAAAGGAGGUCCGAACAGGGCGGGAUUCACAAAAAAAGAUCUAUACAAUCAUUUUGACAGAUCGAGGCGUGCAAAGAUAAAAGAUGGUGAUGCACAUGCAGCAUUGAGUUACCUAAUUUCUAAGGCAGAUGAAGAUCCACUAUUGCAAGGGAAGUUUACUUUGAAGGAUGGAACAAAUCAUCAUGGACAAAUAUGCAUUUUUGGUUGUGGUUUAUUAUCCGAUGAGAAGCGGGAAACCUAUGUUUUGGUGUUGAAUAUGUUCAUGGAGAUAAUGGGUAAUAAACAACCUAUAGCUGUGGUGACAGAUGGAGAUCUUGCAAUGAGGGAGGCAAUAAAAGAAGUUCUUCCAAACGCUGCACACCGUCUUUGUGCAUGGCAUCUCUACCGUAAUGCCUGUGAAGCUAUAAAGAAUUCAAAAUUCUUAGAUGGGUUAAAGCACCUAAUGUAUGGAAAUUUUUUUCCUGAAGAGUUUGAGAGAAGAUGGCAUAACUUGAUAUCCGAGUACGGGCUUUCUGGGAAUGAAUGGUUGCAAAAGACAUACGGGAUCAAAGAAAUGUGGGCUUCCUCAUAUUUAAAUGAUAAAUUUUUCGGUGGAAUCAGGACUACGUCACAAUGCGAAGGUAUCCACUCCUUGAUAAAGAAUUACAUUAGUAAAAAGUGCUACCUUUUGGAAUUGAUACACAACUUUAAUGAAGCAUUGACGCAGUAUCGGACAAAUGAACUCUUAUCCGAUUUUAAAUCAUUGUUUACAACUCCUGUGUUGACCACGUGUCUUCAAGACAUUGAGAAGCAAGCGGCCGAUAUUUUCACCAGAAGCAUGUUUAAAGAGGUUCGGUGUGAGAUAGAAGAAGCUGGCAAAUUAAAUGUUACACAUUCAGUAAGCAACAAUGAAGUUAAGGUGAGAAUAAAUAAAUAUAGGCAACCCAGGAGGGAAUGUGAAGUACAAUAUGAUAAAGCCACUAAAAAAUUUGCUUGUGAUUGUCGUCUGUUUAAAAGUCGUGACAUUCCAUGUUGUCAUAUUUUUUGUACUAUGAGACAUGACCACAUCGAUAUCAUUCCUGAUACUCUUGUCUGCACGAGGUGGACUAAAAAUGCUAAGAAGGAUUAUGUAUGUUCAGUUACAUCCGCAGAAACUGACUCUGAAAAUAUUGCUGGUAUUAGAUAUGGUGCUCUAGCAACACUAUGCUUCACAUUAUGUGAGUCGGCAUCAAAGAACCGAGAUGACUUCAUGGAGAUUAGAGAUGACAUUUUUGGACUAAUCCAAAAACUUAAAAAGAGGCGCGAUCCUGACUCAAAUGUUCUUUCUAAUGUGUGUAUGGUCGGUGACCCAACUGUUGUAAAGACGAAGGGAGCCCCUCGUCAAAAUAGAUGGGCAAUAAAAUCUCGUAAGUGUUCUCAUUGUACACGUCGUGGUCAUACGAUUCGAAGGUGUCCAGAAUUAUACAGUAGAGACGUCCUACAUACUGGUCAUCACCAAUCGAGUGAUGAACUCAAUGAUGAGAAGAGUUAUUCUGAAGAAGAAAUAAAUCACCAAAGAAAUGAUGAGAGCAAUGUUCAGAGUGUAGAUCACAGAUAUUUUAAUGACAAUGGAACAAAUAAAUUAGCUACACAAAAAAAUAAGAAUGGAGUUAAGGCUACCAAGGAUACAAGAGUUGAUGACACAAGUUUAAAGUCCAAAAAGUAUAAACGAAUGUGUUCUAAUAUACGUUAUUAA